UUCACGCGUGAUCGUCCCUGGAUCAGUGCACAUUCUAUUUGCUAAACCAACAACAAAAAAUGUGUUCUUCAUUGAAUUGAAAGUUAAAGUCGGAUGGGGAGUACCUACAAAAAGAUAUUGCAAUGCUUAAAUCAGUCAAUAGUUCUCUCAUUCGAUUCUCAAUCAAGCAAUUGACAAUCAAUCCAAGGUCCUCUAAAAAUGAGUCUCGUGUCUACUAUAUAUAGGGAAUGAAAAAGAUCAAGGAAAUAAUUAAAAAUACUCCCUUUAAUUUCCUUUUCUGCCUUCACAUUUCCUCUUACGGACUGAGCUCUGCAUUUGUACCAUCAGAGCCCUCAGACUCUUCAUCUGUCCACUCAGAGCUAAUAAGCUCUUCAUUCAUCGUUCAAAGCUAAUAAGCUCAUCAUUCAUCCAGUUAGAGCUAAUGUAUCUUCUCUCAUUUUCCCCACCUUUUAUUUAUUUUUAUUCUACUGACACUUGGCAUUUAUUACCCGUCAUUUCCAUUCUGACAUCCAUCAAUCAGGCAGGAAAAUUUCUCAUUUUUGUAACCGUCUCUUCGCUUUCCUUAUUACUUUACUUUUUCAAAAACCAAAAACCCACUAUCAUAUGGAAAUCUUCCCCUUUUCAUUUACAGUUCUACUUUCAUUUCCUUUCCCUUCAUUCUCUUCCAAAAAUUCGCCCAUGGGUGUCCAACGAUCAUCCAAACCUGCUAAAACUAAGAUUCCCAAACCUUUCCACAUCAUAUAUUUAAAAGCUUUCAAAGAAAUUCAGCACAAAAAAUCAUCCCCUCUGAUAUAUCGAUUCCACCUCUUGACUCUGAUCAACUCGCAUGAUGGAGAUUCGAAGAUAUCCUUUAGCCUGGCGAAAUAAUCAUCGUGGCCAAACACCUAGAAUUACUUCGAUUUCCUCUUCCUCCCUUAAUCAUUUUUUUCCUCCGUCUCAUCGAUGUUAACCUGAUGCAACUUGUGUCGAAUGCGUUUUGUCAAUAUGUGCCACUGCCAUGCAUGUUGCACUUUAUCAACUUUGGACCAUGGCGAAUGACAUUUUUUGCAGCUUUUUAAAAAUUGUUCAACCUGCCAAUUCUGAGCGGCCUUUCCCCAAUUCCUACCUUAUGUCUAAAAAGAAUCGAUGGUUCUUCUCUGGUCUUCCUUCUAUGAAUAGAGGUUGGGAAGAAUUUCCUUUUAUCAUUGGAGGCAAUUGGUACACCCCUUAUGUUCCUAGUGAACUAUUUCCACUUCCAAGAGUCUUCACUCAAGAAACGACUUGGCCUUCUUCUUGUUCGUGGGAUUCUAAGUGCAAAGAGUCAUUCCUUUCAUGUGGCGUCAUUCACCGUUCUCAGAAUGAUGCAAUUAACAUCUACAAGAAUUACAAUAACCACAUGUUGCUUUAUAUGUCCCGCCUUUGUUUUCCCCAAUUUGUUCACAGAUGGGCGACAAACUACCUUGCUCUUCAAGAAGCUGACAAGGAGCAUGAGUACUUCAAAAUUUAUAAGAAAUGUAUUAAGGAAUAUCGUAAAAAUCCUUCUUCUAUUCACCAUGUUCCACUCACUCCUAACAUUUUAAAGAUGCUCAUGGACAGUUUGAAGAGCGUUUCUAUUGCUAAAGAAAAGAAGACUCUGCCCUACUCUUCUUCUUCUUUGAGAGUCCUAAGGAUUCGAGUGAAAUUGAAGAAGAUUCUGCCUCUUUAGCCACUAUUUUUGUUGGUACUUUUGACGUUGAUGAUUAAGGUUCCACCUUUCCUUCAGUAGAAGUUACUUCAAAUGCACCCACCCACGUCUCUGAGGUUUAACCCUAUGAAAAUCAUGGCCAAGUUCCUGAGGGUUUCGUUGUGGCACCAACUCCUAGCUUAAUGCAGAAAAUAUGAAAGUCUAGCAUUGCCACCACCUCUUCUAAAGUUUUGAAGGCUUCCACUGCUGAGUGUUCUGCUCGUCCAUUUCAACAUUAUGAACUGAUAGGUAACAGUCAGCCUAGUCGAACAUCUGGACCCAACUCUGGUGCAGAGCAUGAUCCCAAUCCUAGUCUUGUUGAGCAUCUUAAUUCAGCUUCUGAGCCUAUGAUGAACCCAUCUUCGGGGCCUACACCUCCCUCUAUUUCUAUUCCCCCCCUUGAUGUCGUCCGCUCGGGCAGAGUCUCUCUCAUCAAAGCCUCCCAUUCAAUAAAGGGACAUGAGGAGAAGGAAUGCUGGUUUUUGCGAACCCCAUAUUAAAAUCAUAUUUGAUUCCUGUUCGAGAAAUCCCUCUAAACCUUGCUUUGAUGCUCUCUCCUUGCCCCUAGUGUUCUACUCCGUUCUUAGUUCUACCCCUGCCUCUCAGUCUACCAUAGUCACUGUUCCAUCUGUCGAAUAUGUCUUGGCCCUAUCGAAAAAUCUGAUGCAAGCACCACUUUGUCUGCUUUUCUGCCUUUAUGCCAAACAUGUUCUCCUACAAUGCUUGAACAACACCUUACUAUUGCCCUAAUGAGUACUCCCACUAUCCUUCCAGUAAUUUCUAGUUUUAGUCUCUUCGAUCCUGUUUUUGAAAAAAAUUAUGAUUUGUACUUAUUAUAGGAUUUCCCCGAUUCCCAAAUUUCUAAAAAUUCAACAUUCGUUGCUUCCCUUAAUGUUGUUCAACUUCAAAUCGAUAUCCCCAACUCUUCUGGGUUUCCAACUUUCCAGACUUGUACAACAACAGCAGAGUCAAACAUGCCCAUUCUUGAUGAUGGCCAGAACCUCAGUGCUCAACAUAAUUCUCCGAUCAGCUCUAAUCCUCUCUUACUGCUCCAUUUACAUCGAAAAAGGUUUCUUUAUCGGAUGCAAAUACUGGUACGGGGGAUGCUAAGAGGAGUACAAGAAUGGCAUUUGGCUCCUCGUUAGCCGAGGGUGAAUCCCUGUUUAGAGCUGUCAUUCGACUACUCAAAAGUGUUGCGCUAGGCACAAGUGUAAUUUCCAACAAAACUGCUGUGCAGUGUUGAAUUCCUGGGUGAAUCUUGCGUUCACAAAUUCAUGGAUGAAGAAAUAACUCUGGUAUGGCUAUUUAUAAUCUGUGAAUACGAAUCAUGCAUUCAUUGAAUAUCAUGUACUGUUUUGAUUGUGUACACAUCUGAAUUUCCUGAGUCAGAAUUCGUCAACUCGUACUAUAACUGCAUUUCAACAAAUGGAAGCACUGUAUCGAACUAUGCAGAACACAGUGAUGCUGCGCUCAAAAAAUUCUCAACGAGCAUCAAAGAUUUUGAAGAAACAGUUGAGUGAGAUUGAACCGAAACAUGUCGCAACCAAGGCGAUGUCUGAUCUGCACAGUCAUUUGAACUUAGCUACUGUUUACCGAGUUUUUCGGAAACGAAUACAAACAAAAUAAUAAAAAGAUAAGAACUGUAGAAGUGCAGAAAUAUAAAUAGACAAAUAGGUUUUUUACGUGGUUCAGGCGUUAACGAGCCCUAGUCCACGAGUCGAUGUUAUUAUACUUGUAGAGAAUUACAGUAAAAUGGCUGGUGUACAAGAACCUCACAAACUCACAAUGUUUCUCUCGGGUUCUCUUGCAGAAGAUGAAGCUAGAGAGAUUUUGGCAGAAUUCUUGCUCUUUAAUCUGUUGGCCUCCCCUCCUAUCGUAAAAUGAGGAGGUCUUUAUAGCUAGGGUUUUGGAUUAAGGUUUUACUCUGCCCUCAUGAGUCUUAAUUACACCAGUCGUAAAUAGGGAAUACAAUUACGGUCGUAGCAUGGCUACCAGGCUCUACGCAGGUAUAAUUACAUGAAAAUAUGGGGAAUGACAAAAGGCAGCCGUCUUUUCCAGGCUGUCAGCGGAACAGUAGGCGAAAAGGCACUUUUAGGCGUGCUGGGAUGUGUGCGGCCUCGACCUGUUGGGCGGGAUCCUGUGUCAAGUGAGUAUCAUUCCAACUAUGCCUCCUCCGUGACUCGACCGCUUGGUCUUCUUCCGUGCGAGGCACGGAACUGUAUCCGCGAAGGUAACCUGAAGAGCUUCUCCUGAAAGGACCUUCCCCGAAGGAUAUCCCUUUGGGAGUCCGGGAGAAUUGACAAGCUUCCGGGUCGCGGUUGCUUGAAAGAGUGUGCUGGACACUAAACGGGUGAGGCGAAGCCUUUCUGUCCAUCCGCGAGCCCUGGUCAUUCUUCGUGAAAGACUUUGAUAAUUCUGCUUCCCCGAGGCUAUCCAUCUAAACGCUAUCCGGAAAUCUGGAUAACAGCUACUAGUCGAGUAAAUGAGCUGGAAUUGAGCCUUGCUAUGAAGAAUGAAGUUAUUGCCAGAAUUGAUGACAAGAAAUGUAACUCGAAAGGUCUCUGAGCUACAAAGUGCUGCAGUGUCAACUCCUUAAGAACAAGUAAAAGGAAAAGAUGACGAGAUUAAGAAUUUGUAAGAAGCUCUAUUAGCUGUGAAUAACGAACUAGAGGGAAACAAAAAUGAGCAUUCUGUAGCUAUUUCCAAGUUUGAAUUAACUUUGGAAGAGGCCAAAAGUCGAGCAUCUACUUCAGACGAAAAAGUGAAUGCUCUGCAAUAGGUAAAAACAGAUAUGUUUAUUUUGUGUUCCAUUGUUGCUUUCAUUCCUACAUGCACGAUAAUUGAAGAGUGUGUCUAUUUGUUUUUGUUUUCAUGCCUGCGUAGAAAAUUAACGAAUCGCUAUUCGAGUCGACUAAGAUGUGCAUCAGUGAUCACCAUAAGGCAGAGAAGGCGCUCACUCGAAUGAACGAAAUUGACAUCGCCUUCUAUUUUCAUGAUAUCAUUAACCAGGACGAUGAAAUAAGGGAGAAUAAACUCAGUAUGCUAGAGUCAUUAUGCAAAACUCAUAACAUUGAAAUAGGUGCGUACGAAUAUGAGUGGUAUGGAAAAAAUUUGGGUGAUGUUUCCAUUAGCUAAUCAGUAGAGCAUCUGAAGCAGCUCAAAUGCAAGGGCCAUGUUUUGGGAUCAAUCUAUCUGGCAUCCGGGGAACUUAUUCCUACUGUGAAAGAUAACAAUAACAAGGGUAACUCAGGGAAUCUUGAUGUCGAGAAGGAGUAACAGUUGAACUAUCUGUCUCUGUGGUACCUGCAUCUUCUAUCGACUAUAGAAAGACCGUUCCCCUACCUUUCCUUCAUUUGAGGAAGAUGAUGGGACUAGAAACCACUAGCUACUCCUUUUAUGAUGGCACCUAAUGCCUCCUCUUUUAUGUUAAGAUCUCCUCUUUAUUUUUUGAAUACUUCUAUGAUAUUUUGUAAAGGAUUUAUGGUGUUAUAUGUAACGUCUCUUUAUGUCU